AUGCUCAUAUACAAAUAUCUGCCUUGCUCGAUCCAGAAGCUACGCGAAGCAGCAAAAGGCAAGGAACAUUCUGUGUUGAUGCAUUGGGUAAAGGAUAUAGUGAACCAUUUCUGGUAUUGCUGUCAGCGUGCAAGUACUGUAGAGCAGUUUAAGAUACUGUGGCAUGGAGUACUACAUCAUGUACGCAAUGAACACACAUGGGCCACAGGGUUCUGUGAGCAUGAGCCAUUGGAUGACAGCAGUCAAGAUAAGCCGUGGAUACAGCAAGGUUCUGCUGCUCAUCAGACCCUGACUGCUAUUGUUUUGAAUAAACGCUGGCUUAAAAAUGUGAAAAAGUACAUAACAUUCAGAACUACGUCAGAUUUGGAGAGUUUUCAGAACCAUAUUCUGAUUGUCUGGAUACUUGGUCCUAAUGCGCCACACAACACAGCUUGGUAUGACCACCCUAUUGCCCUCCCCUAA